ACUUAAAAUAAAGGGAGGGAUUAAAAAAAAUACAACUAUAUUUUAUUUUAUCUUCAUAAGUAUUCUAUUAUUUUUUGAAAUUUUCAGCUAUGAUCACAUCCUUUUCAUCACCUUAACCAUAAACAAAAGCAAACUUAGCAAAGUGGACAAAAAGAGGAUAAGCGUGUCAACUUCUCUAAAUCCAUAUAACACCAGCCAUGAAACAAGAAAUAAAAGCAAUUCAACUCAAUGAACAAAUCAAAUGCAGAUAGUCUACAACACUCUACCAAACUUGUAGAUCUACCAACCAUUAUUUUGCUUCCUCCAAAAACUAAGAAGCUAUCUAGUCUUCAUCAAUCACCCAAUGUUUCUUCCCUUCAUGUCUAAGCAUCAACAAACAAUUGCACUAACCUUCUAUUCUCUACAUCUCAGCUUCCCCCCUUCUCUUCUUUCAACUCAAACCCACCAAAAUAUAAACUAAAUUUCACCUUCAAAAUCCCAACUCCAAUCUCCAUUUCUAACAUUUCAAUCCCAAGAAGAGCAAAAGAUCACAUUUUGAGGUAUCUUCUAAUUUCUCCCAAACAGCAACCCAAGAGGACCCAGAAAAAAAAAUGAGGCCUAAAAGCCAACCAAUCCCCAUCCUUAAGCUUCUCCUCUUUGGUGUCUUUCUUGCUUUCUUUCUGCUAUUUUUGUUAAGAUCAAACAUAUCUUCUUCCAAAGAAAACCCAUCUCCUGUUUCAAGAACCUUUCAAUCCAAAACCCCAAACCAUGAGGAAGCAAAUGCAACAAAUUGCUCCCCAACUAGCGGAAAGAUCCCACGGUCACUAGCUCAAGCUCUCAUCCAUUACACAACCUCAACCAUUACCCCACAACAAACACUCAAAGAAAUCUCAGUAACAGCAAAAAUUUUAGAGAAGAAAUCUCCCUGCAACUUCUUGGUUUUUGGGCUUGGUCAUGACAGUCUUAUGUGGAGUUCACUUAACUAUGGAGGAAGAACAAUCUUCCUUGAAGAAGAUGAGGCAUGGAUUUCACAAAUUAGGAGAAGGUUCCCCAUGUUAGAGUCCUAUCAUGUGACCUAUGAUAGUAAAGUGAACCAAGCAAAUAAUCUCAUGGAGGUAGGCAGGGGACCUGAGUGCACAGCAAUUAGUGAUCCCAAAUUCUCUAUGUGCCAACUUGCUUUGAAAGGCUUGCCUAGUGAAGUUUAUGAGAUAAAAUGGGAUUUAAUCAUGGUUGAUGCACCAACAGGUUACUAUGAAGAGGCACCAGGAAGAAUGACUGCUAUAUAUACUGCAGGAAUGAUGGCUAGGAACAAGGAAGAGGGAGAAGAAACUGAGGUGUUUGUGCAUGAUGUGAAUAGGGAAGUUGAAGAAACAUUUUCUAAGGUAUUUCUUUGUGAAGGAUAUAUGAAGAAACAAGAAGGAAGAUUAAGGCACUUCACAAUUCCUAGCCACAGGGGUGCCUUGGAGAGGCCCUUUUGCCCUGAGUAGAUUUCCGUUUGUCUUCAUAUAUUUUCUCUUGUUAUUGCCUUCCUUUUUUUCUCUGCCAUUUUUGUCCAUUUUUAAAGAAAUUAACUUGGUUUCAUUUUGGCACAACUAUGGCUUGUGAGUUAUGAGUGGAUGCUAUGGCCAAUGGGAUUGAGCAACUAUGAUGUGAUCAACCAAGAUUUGGAGAUUUCCAAGUUGUGUCGACCCAAAAAAUGGAAAAAAAAAAUCAUCCUUUUUUUGACUUGACAGUCUCUUUUUGUUAGCUCUAUAAAAUUUUUGUUUCAAUAUAGCUAGAAAAUUCCUUAUUA